AUGAGUGGGAUAUAAAUACAUACAAAAUUUUUCCGGACAUUUAAAGUUAAUAUAGAAUCUGAAUGUAAAUUUUUCACAAUAGAAGGUCAUUGUAAAAGCCAAGGCUGUGCUGUAUGUUAAUGUGAUGAUAAUAACAUUCCUAUUCCUUGGAAAAAAACAGAUUUAGUACAUACUGAAAAUUAUCAUAAUUCCAACAUAAUAGAAAAAGAUACAAAUGAAGACGAAUACUUUUGGAGAGUAGAAGAAUUUGAAAAAGAUGAAGGAACAUAUGUAGAUUUGAAAACAAAUGUAGAGGCCUAUACUGGUUAUUAAGGUUAGAAAAUAUGGAAGCUAAUAUAUGAGGAAAACUGUUUUAAAGGUGAGGAAAAAGAUAUGUGUAAAGAAGAAAGGACCCUAAAUAGAAUUUUAAGUGGUUUACAUGCUAGUGUGAGUACCUAAUUAUGUGAAUUAUACCUUAACGAUUUCGAAUAGAAGAAUAAAAAUUAUGUACCUAAUUGGCCCCUUUAUUUUUAGAAAGUCGGAGAUUAUCAUGAAAGGAUUUAAAACUUACUUUUUUAUUAUACUGUGCUUUUAAGGGCGAUAAAUAGGGCUGAUAAAGUUUUGAGAAAUUAUGAUUAUAAUACAGGAGAUUUUGUUGAAGAUUUUAAUGUAAAAACCAUUAUUAAUGAUAUUUUAGAUAUAACGACUUUAUAAUGUGAUCAUCCUUUUUAAGAAAAGGACUUUUUUACUUCUAUAAGAGGAAAAUAAGCAAAAAUAUAUUAUCAAAAUUACAUUCAUAAUAUUACAAGGAUUAUGGAUUGUGUAGAAUGUGGAAAAUGCAAAGUUUUUGGAAAAAUGUAAGUUUACGGUAUUGGUGUGGCUUUAAAAAUUCUUUUUUCGGGUGAUUCUACUGUUUAAAUAUAAAAUUUAAGGAGAAAUGAAAUUAUUACAUUAGUAAAUGCAUUUGUAAAAUGUGCUAGUAGUGUAGAAAUAAUUGAAAAUAUGUUUUUCAGAAAAUAUAAUUUUUAUAAAUCUUUAGGUUUAGCUAUUUUUAGUUCGGUAAUGACUUUUUUAUUGUUUUUGAUUUUCGCCUUUUAUUUCAAGGAUAA